AUGGAGAUGGACUCACCAACAGGAACCCACCUGCUCUCUCUGCCCGUGGAGAUGCUUCAGUUGAUAUGUUCGUUUGCGACGCCUCACGACCUACUCAACAUCCGGCUCGCGAGUAGAGACCUCGAAGCCGCGGCUCUUGAUGCCUUUGGACGCGAGUACCUCGAUCAAGUCGCUUGCUUCCUACUGGAGCCGGCUCGAUUGCAGCGCGUCAACGACAUCUUAUCCACGAAACAUCUCGCCCAUCGCGUGAGCGGCGUGUUGUUGACCUUUAAAGCCUUCGAAGCAACGGAGAGCGAUUGCAUUCAUCUGGCCGCGAAGAAAAACGAGCCGCUGGAGGUUGCACGCCAAGACGCAAGCGAAGCUUACACGCUGGAAAAGUAUCAGAACAUCCCAUUAGGAGGCUGCCUUGACUGGAAGUUGCUCGGGCGUUUACUCAGACGCGUCUCUGCCCUGCGACGUUGCAGCUUGCAACUCGAGCUUCUUGCUGACCUUGAAGCCGCCGAUAACUUGCUCAGUCCCCAACAUCCCGAUUUGGCAGCGAGUAUUAUUUCGCCUGCCGUAGCCAUGGGAUGCCGCAUCGACGAGCUGUAUCUCUCUGACAGGUAUUUGACCGGUCUCAGCGAUUACCUUAAAAUGCCUUCCAACCAGCUGUCUCUUCUCACGAAGAACCUGGAAACAUUUGGAUUUCACAAAAAGAUGCACACCAUCGACGACAUCGCUAGUGGAGAAGCGCUUGAAGCUGUUCAGUUAAUACUGGACGCAAGUCGUAGUCUCCAGAACCUGGUACUUACGCUGCACGCGAGCGUUAAUCUCUGGGACAAUGAUGCGUUGACCGACUUGACUCCACGAAUUCUGUCCGCCGUCAAGAGUCGAUACAUCAAAGAUCUCCAGCUCGCCGACAUGCAAAUGCGGCUCAAGGACUUCUUGACCAUGCUAGAUCGCUGGCACACAACGUUGGAGGGACUUGACAGCCAUGACAUAUGCCUUCUUGACGAUGGUGAUCCUUGGGGCGAAGUACUCAAGAAAUUGAAGACGAUGCCCCAGCUGGACGGCUUUUGGUUCGACUCUCUGCAUAAGGAGGGUCCGACCGAGGAGUUGCCAUUCUAUGCUCAUUUCUAUGAUCGUCCCGGAAUGGGCGCAAUUUCCGUCGGGCUUGCUGAUGGUAAGGUGGCUGUACAGGAACUUCUGGAGCUCAACCUCAGGAACGGCAUUCUUUACAGCUGA